CCGCACGAGAGAGUGGGGAGUGACGGCGAGAUGCUUCGCAGCGGCCGACCGGCAGUGGCCACGGCGGCGGCGCUGCUCCUCUCGCCGGCGCCUCGCCUCCCCCGCCGGUUCCUCUCCCUCACCGCCACCCCCUACCCUCUCUACUACGACCUCCUCGUCCACCGCCCCGUGAAAACCCCCAAAUCCACCCCCUCCGACGCCGACGCCGCCGCCCCCCGCCCCCCGCCGCCCGACGCGGAGGGCGCCGACGGGCAGCAGCAACCCGCUCUCGACCGCGCGCAGCGGAAGUACCUCCGGAAGCGCCGCAGCCGGCAGCUCCCGGACCCGGACGCCACGACGGGCACCAAGCCGACGACCACGUCGGAGAUGGUGGAGCUGCGGCCGGAGGUGGUGGACUUUCCGCGGCUGCACGCGCGCGAGGAGGCGCUCUACUUCCACGACGCCUUCGCCAUGCCCUGGGAGAAGGACAAGCACUACCGCAUGCUCUACCGCCUCGAGAAGAAGUACUUCCCGGAGCAGUCCCUCGACAACGCCUUCGUCGCCGCCGACGCCGCCGCGCCGCCCUCCGACGCCGACAAGGGCCUCGUCUUCUUCGAGGAGGAGAAGAAGGAGGGCGGGGAGGUCGGGAAGAAGGAGGGGGCGGACAAGGGGGAGGUGCUGGAGAGGAAGGUGGAGGAGUUCUUCAGGGCCCUGAAGAAAGGGCCCGGGGAGGGGAAGGCUGACGACGCUUCGACGGCGAAGAAGAAGCCGGUGUUGGGAGGGGCGCCGAGGCAGGUGAAGCGCGAUGCGGAGAGGGAGGAAGAAGACUGGCCGCGGCCGCACCUCGCGAGCACGAGGACGGAGCUGCCGCCUCGGUGGGAUGGGCCGACUGGGACCGUCGUGCUCAUCGACAAGCCCAAAGGGUGGACCUCAUUUACUGUUUGUGGAAAACUACGGCGGUUGGUGAAAGUGCAAAAGGUUGGCCAUGCUGGUACUCUGGAUCCUAUGGCCACUGGAUUGUUGAUUGUUUGUGUGGGCAAAGCAACCAAAGUUGUUGAUAGAUAUCAAGGCAUGGUUAAAGGCUAUAGUGGUGUUUUCCGGCUUGGAGAAGCAACAUCAACCUGGGAUGCAGAUUCACCAGUUAUUCAGAGGGAAUCAUGGGAACACAUCAAAGAUGAAGAUAUUAGAAAGGCAGCAGCAUCAUUCAUGGGUGAAAUAUGGCAAGUUCCUCCGAUGUUUUCUGCCAUUAAGGUUGGUGGUGAAAAAAUGUAUGACAAGGCAAGGAGGGGCGAAUCGAUAGAGCUUUCACCAAGACGUAUAUCAAUAUACAAGUUUGAUAUUGAGCGCAGUUUAGAAGACAGGCAAAAUUUGAUAUUUCGAGUUACUUGCUCGAAAGGAACAUAUAUUCGGUCCCUCUGUGCAGACUUGGGGAAAGCGCUUCGAAGCUGUGCUCAUUUAACUGCCCUUCGGAGGGACUCAAUUGGUGACUAUUCGGUCAAUGAUGCUUGGAACUUCGACGAACUGCAAGAACAAAUCACCAAGGGAUACCUAUGAGAAUUGGCCAUGCCCUUUGGAAGAUUGCGAUCGAGAGCAGCUAUUUCUAGACAUGUGGUGGACUGAGGCACUGAGCACUCAUGGUCGUGGUGCAAGCCGCUGAUGCAGCAGUAUGGUCUACAUGAAUCUGCAAUCUGACUUCUUAGGUCUCCUUGGAGUCAAGGAAUUCAUUUGUUAAGCCUGAACAAUGUAUGACUGUCGCAGUUCUGUUAUUUGCAAAACUAUAGUGAAUGGAUAGCCCUAUGUUUUGCAGGAUCCACUCCUUGUAGCUCUUCUGCCGCAAAUUUUGAUGUCCAAUACAUUAUUUUUGAUCAAAUAUGGUGCGAUUCUACCUGCCAUUUUUUUU